AUGCAUGGAAACGAGUUCAUCUCAGCAAAGUGCUUACUUCAGGCAGCUUUAGAGGAUGGACCCAUAGGGUUCAUGUUAUUGGAAGUACCACCCUCAUCACUCCCAGCCUUUGGUUUCAUUCCUACCGGUGCCGAUAAAGGAGUAGAGAUGGAGGUUGAGAUUGAGAAGAAGGUGAUGGCAGCAGAUAUACCAAAGCUGUACCAACACCUUCGUGAUGUGUUCAAUGAGGUGGAAGCAGACAGGCUUCCCCAGCAUACCAAACAUGAUCUUCACCUUGAACUAAUGGAAGGAAGUCGACCACCUCAAGGCCCGUUGUAUCUCAAAGGGCCUAAAGAAAUGUCUGAAUUGAGGAAGUAUCUGGACAAGAACCUCGCAAAGGGAGGUCUCAGGCUUUGUGUGGACUACCAGGGACUCAAUGAGAUUACCAUCAAGAACAGGGCUCUGUUGCCCCUCAUCGAGGAGCAACUGUUCCUGCUCCGAAAGGCAAAGAUCUAUUCCAAGCUAGAUCUCCAAGCAGCAUACAACCUCAUUUGCAUUGCAAAAGGAGAUGAAUGGAAAACAGCGUUUGGUACACAAUUGGGACUAUAUGAGUACCUUGUGAUGCCAUUUGGGCUAGCAAAUGCACCAGCUCAUUUCCAAUCAUUCAUCAAUGUCAUCUUCCGAGACAUCAUCAGAGUAUAUGUUGUUGUAUACUUGGACAACUUCCUCAUCUUCAGUGACAUGGAGGAAGCACAUGUACAACAUGUCACUGAAGUUCUCACCUGUUUGAGAAACAAUCAGCUGUUUGCUAAACUGUCAAAGUGUGAGUUCCACACCACGACAGUAGAGUUUCUAGGAUACAUCAUCAAACCCACAGGGGUAGAGAUGGAUCCUGAGAAAGUAUGGACAGUCAAGGAGUGGCCAAUGCUGGAAUCAAUCCAUGAUAUCCAAAGAUUCCUUGGCUUUGCCAACUUCUACAGGCAAUUCAUUGCUCACUUCGCUCGAAUUGCCAAGCCACUAACAUCCCUGGUAAAACCAACUGAACGUUUCAAGAAGUUUGAGUUGCUGGAAGAAGCUCAACAAGCUUUCCACAAACUCAUCCAAGCAUUCAUGACAGCCGGAGUACUUCAUCACUUCAAUUACCACCUCCCUACAAGGCUAGAAACAGAUGCAAGCGACUUCACCAUCAUGGGAGUGCUCAAACAAGAGCAUGAAGGGCAUUGGCACCUGGUAGCAUUUUAUUCAAGGAAGAUGUUGUCAGCUGAGAAAAACUACAAGAUCCACAACAAGGAGCUCCUAGCAGUGGUCGCCUGCCUCACUCAGUGGCAACACAUGCUAGCAGGACUUCCAAGUCAGUUAGUCAUUCUCACGGAUCACGAAGUGCUCAAGUACUUUAAGUUGCAACAUCAUAUCACUGGCAGACAAGCAAGAUGGGCGGUAUUGUUAGCAGAUUUCGACUUUGUGCUACAAUAUCAGCCAGGAGACAAGGGUGGCAAACCCGAUGCUCUCACCAGACAAGCUGAUAUGCAGCCAGUCAGCGAAGAGCAGGAGCACAACAUUUGA